GUGACUUUAACUCACUUCAGUUAGACAGCUGUGGCCUUCAAGAGUGAGACAACAAGCAGAAGCUCCUCAGCUGACCAGGCGGUUUUCUUGCCAACGUUUGAGAUAAAGAUGGAAACUACAACGAGUGAAUAUGGUGACUAUGGCUACAACGAUACGUCGACGCAUGCGCCUACAUGCGAUUACGAGAAAAGCAACAAUGUGGGAGCUCAUCUAUCCAUCCUCUUCUACUUUAUGUUCCUCUUCAGUGUCUGCUUCAAUGUGCUGGUUCUGGUUAUCAUCCAUCGGUUUGAGAAGCUGACCACUGUGACCAACAUAUUCCUGUUGAACCUGGUGGUGUCCUCCCUGAUCUUUGUGAGCAGCCUUCCCUUCUUGGCAGUCUACAUGCAACGCUCUGAAUGGAUCUUUGGCAGUGCCAUGUGCAAGAUUUUCACUACUGUCUACUACAUGGGAAUUUACAGCUCUGUCCUCUUUCUAGCUCUUUUGACCUUUGACCGACACCUUGCAGUUGUGUACUCCUUGGACGCAUUACGAAUGAGAAAUCAAAGGUAUGCAAUAGCCUCCUGCGUUGUGGUGUGGCUGGUCACCAGCUUGGCGUGCGUCAUACAGGUGAUUCUCACCAACGCUAGUGUUGUUAAAAAUAAGACGUACUGUGAUGACUUUUCUGGUAAAGUGGAGCUGAGAAAAUUACGAUUUUACCUUCAGAUUUUUCUUUUCCUGCUCUUUCCUCUGGCUGUUAUCAUUUACUGCUACAUUAGGAUUGCUAUCACCGUCUUAACAUCGAAGAUUGUCACCAAGUUUAAGACAGUCAGGUUGAUAUUCAUUAUUGUGGUGUUGUUCUUUGUGUGCUGGACCCCAUACAACAUCAUACUAAGUAUGUAUGAUGCCACCACUGCCACCACUGAAUGUGAAAACAAGAAAAAAUUGAUUUAUGCUCUUCAUAUCACUCGUAACCUUGCCUACAUUUACUUUUGCAUCAGUCCUAUUUUCUACACAUUCGUUGGGAGAAAGUUUCAGAACUAUUUCAGACUAAUGUUAGUCAACCGUUUCCCAAGGUUAAGGAAGCAUAUUUCUGUCAGUCAACAUACUGGAACCAAUCCGCCCACGAGAAGUACAUCAAAUGAUCUGUAGGCAGGGAGCUCUUUGUUUCUUAGGACAGCCGUGUGUUCAACAAACCAUGGAUUGUGAUUACGGAAAUUAAUGAAGUACAAGUUGUGAUAAAGUCUCGCCAAAAGAAAUAAUAAAACUGAUAUAAAUAUCUGUUGCUAUUCAGUAUCUACACUUUGCUUAGCUAUGUUGCAAAUCUUCCCUGUUUGUCCUGUAGAGGACAUGUUUUAAUAAUGAAAGUCAAUUGGUCAGUUGGUUUCAAUGGAUUUGACUCGAUUAGGGAGAGUCAAAAGUGUAGUGCUGUAAAGAGAGUGGAAUGCUCGAUCUAGAUCAUGAGUCCUUGU